CUCUCUCUCUCUCUCUCCAAUCUGCAUAACAAAAAAAAUGCUUCUAAAGUUCAAGAGUCCCUUCAAAAUGGAAGAUGAGGUUAAUAAGCAUAGUAAACAACAUAAUAAAUCCAGCUAUGCAGGCCAUACAAUCUCAAACAACCACACUUCAUUAGCUGUUGGGUUACAAAUCCUUACACAGAUUUCACAUGGUGAAUCCAAUAUCCUUGUCAAAUCCAUAUUGAAAUUAACCCAGGGUGACCAAGACUUCUGUAGUAUAGAAUGCCGGAACAGACAAAUUGUAUUGGAUGAAAUGAGAGAAUUAGAAACUUCUACGAAGAACAUGGUGGCAUCUUAUAGACAUUCACAUCGUUGCAAUAGUGACAGACGUGAGACUCAAAUCCUCCUAGAGGAAAUACGUCAGAGACAUGAGCCUAGGCCAAUCCGAUAUCAAAUAAAUUGGGCGAUAGUCUCAUAGCUAGAAUCAUAUAUUGUGCAUUUGCAAGUGAAGAUGAUGUAAAGUGGGAAGGGGAAAGUGAGAGUUGGAAUUUCUUGUUAUAUAUCGUAAGCAGAUGAAAUUUCUGCUGUAGUACUAUUUUUUCCAUAUUCAAGAGUAUAAUAAAACAAGCUGACAAGGAUGAUUUGAAGUAGAGCUUUUUCUCAACCAGAGAAAGAAGUGCUCAAUUUCUUUUCAAUCCCUUUCAAUUGUAAGAUAAAUAUCACUUAUCCUUGUUAUA